AUGUCUAUAGUUUUAAUAAAAAAUAUAAUUAAAGGUAGCUACGCGAUAAGAAAUUUCCACAUUUAUUUUUCUCAACUAAAUAAUUACGAUAUCUUACAAACAGUUAGAUCAGACUUUUAUAAAGCGAAUCCAAAGCUAACACCAGUUCAAGAAAGUUCUAAUAAUAGGAAACAAGGUAAAUUUAAUGGACGUAUUGAGCCUAAAAAAUUAACUAACAAGACAAGACCAAAAAAAUAUAUUAUAAAUUGGAAAACAGGUUCAGAAAGAGCUCAAUUAGCUGCUAAUCAGAUUAUUAGAAAAGUUUAUGAAUUAAAUAAGGAAGGACAUAUAAGAACAGUUAAUAUAGAAACAAAUGAAAUACAAAAUUCAAAUAUUCGCCAUUUCAUAAAGGGGUUGAAUUUAGACGAACAAGGCUUAAGUAUUGUUGAUAUUGAGAAGAUACAAAAUAACCAUAAUACAAUGAUUCAGAUCCCUCUUCUUAAAAUAGUGGAUGUAAAGACGGCCUUGAAAAAAUAUACUAACCAAUUGGCAAAAGAAAAGGAGAAAGAAUUAGCAGAACUAGGUGUUUUAAAGAAAAAAAUUGUCUCUUCCAAGAGGAGUAGUACAAUAAAACAUAUUAGAAUUACUUGGCAAAUCAGUAAAGAGGAUUUGAAUAAUCAAAAAGCCAAUGAAAUCAUCUCAUUAUUAAAAAAAGGUCAUAAAGUAAAUUUGUACAUAGAACCACGGUCGAAUAAUCUUUCAAAGAACUGGUUAGAGAAUUUCGAAGAAUUAGAAAAUAGUACAAUCAAACACAGUUUAUCCAAAAAGAAAAUUGGAGAAUACAACGAAGUACUAAGUAUUCUAAAAGAUAUUGUCGAACCGUAUUCCAUUACCCCAGUAAUAGUAGGAAGUAUUUAUAACAAAAUGAUUAUGAAAUUAGUUCCUAAACCAGAAGUUAAAGCUAUCAUAGAUAAAAAAGCUCUUAGAGAUGAACGAAAAAAACAACGUCAGUUAAAACUUCAAAAAAGAAUUGAAAAGAAAAAAUUAAAAGAAUAUGAAUUAAUAUGA